CGCAAGGAGAAGCGUCUGCAAGCUGCUGGGAGGUCUUCUGGAAAAAGAAGCAGUUUAGUGGCCCUUGGCAGGGGGAGGGCCCAGCAGAGGAAGACGCCAGGGACUGCAAGGCGGGAAAGUUCAUGCCCAAGAUCGAGGCAGUUUCUACAAUCACCCACAGAUGAGAGAGCCCUCGUACAAGUCCAGAAGUUUUGUGGAGAAGUCACAGCACACUGUUGGAGCAAAUUAAGAAUCCAAGAUUGGAUGUACUGAAGCAGAUUUCUGAAGAGAAGAAUACUGGUUAGAAAUGAGUCCUUAGUGACUGAAUUUCUUCUUGCUGGCCUAACAGACCGUCCAGAGCUCCAGCAACCCCUCUUCUUCCUGUUUCUGGUGAUCUACGUUGUCACCAUGGUGGGCAACGUUGGCUUGGUCACUCUUAUUAGUCUAAAUUCUCACCUCCAUACCCCCAUGUACUACUUCCUCUUCAACCUAUCCUUCAUUGAUGUCUGUUACUCUUCUGCUUUCACCCCCAAGAUGCUGAUGAACUUUGUAUCAAGGGAGAAUAUCAUCUCCUAUGUUGGCUGCAUGACUCAGCUGUUUUUCUUUCUCUUUUUUGUCAUCUCGGAAUGCUAUAUGUUGACCUCAAUGGCCUACGAUCGCUACGUGGCCAUCUGUAAUCCGUUGCUGUAUAAGGUAACCAUGUCCCACCAGGUCUGUGCCUUGCUGACUGUUGCUGCAUAUAUGAUGGGGUUUGCUGGAGCCUCUGCCCACACAGGGUGCAUGCUCAGACUAACCUUCUGCAGUGUUAAUGUCAUCAACCAUUACCUGUGUGAUAUUCUUCCUCUCCUCCAACUGUCUUGCAGCAGCACCUAUGUCAACGAGGUAGUAGUUCUGAUAGUCGUGGGAAUUAAUAUCACAGUACCCAGUUUUACCAUCCUGAUUUCUUACGUCUUUAUCCUCACUAGCAUUCUUCAUAUCAGAUCUGCUCAAGGACGAUCAAAAGCCUUCAGUACCUGUAGUUCUCACAUCAUUGCUAUUUCUCUUUUCUUUGGCUCAGCAGCAUUCAUGUAUCUUAAAUAUUCUUCUCCGGGGUCUAUGGAGCAGGGGAAAGUUUCUUCAGUUUUCUGCACUAAUGUGGGGCCCAUGCUCAAUCCCCUGAUCUACAGUUUGAGGAAUAAGGAUGUCAAAAUUGCACUGAGGAAAGUCUUGAUUAAAAUCCAAAGGAGAAGCAUGUUCUAAUUAGAAGUGGCAACAAUAUAAAGAAGUUCAACUUUUUGUUUUAUAAUUAUUGGUGUUUUUCAAGGUGAGAAUGUGAUCAUAAACAUGUUUCUAGAGAUUGUGUUUUGUGUGGUUUAAUAGACGUGCUUGUGAUUUUUCUGAUAGCUGAUCUCGUCUCAUUUUUCCUUCUGUAUCUCCAUCAUCUUGUGCAAGUUUACAUAAAUAAGUAAUACGUUUUCUGGGGUGCCUGGGUGGCUCAGUCGG